AUUUUGCACUCUUUCGCUUCUCUAACACUCGCAGAGGUCGUCUAAAAACUAAAAGCAUUUCCUCACUCUUUCUUUUGCUGCGGAGACCGAAACAUUUCGGCAGGUGUGGGAGGGAUCGGUGGUCUUUUUUUCUGGUGAUGUUCGGAGCUGGGUUUUUGGAAUUCGUCGAGCUGAAGCGAUUUGAGGAGUUGGGUUUGAUCCGAGAGUGAAGGUUUAGGGUGUUUGUGUUCGGAAAUCCGUGAUGGAGAGGGAUUUCUUGGGUCUGAGUUCGAAAGAAUCGGUGACGCUUGUGAAGGAGGAGACUAAGGAUGCAAGCAAGGAUUCAGUCUUCAUGAGAGGUCCAGGCAUGCAAUGGCCUUUCUCAAACAAAGUCUCUGCCAUACCUCAGUUUAUUAUGCCUUUCAAGGCUGGUCAAGAAGACAGGGCAAAAAAGAUUGUAUUUGAUCCCCUUGCCUCUUCUGGAUUUAUUCCUGCUAUAGCAACAGCAGAUGCCUUUGAUGCUAAUCACAAAUCAACUUCUGGCAUGGUUCAGAAAAGCUUCAAUUUUGAUAGGCAAGGGGGUACCCAUUAUGCAAUGUCAGCUUAUCCUAUACAACACGUUGAUGCCCAUGCCACCCAUCGCCCAACUGAUGUGAGGAUGUUUCAAGCUAACCAAGCAAUUUCUGUUGCCAUGAACAACCCUUUCUUCAAGACUAACAUUGCUACCACGGGUCAGAGCAUGGCUGCUGCUAAUGUGAAGCAGCAACCUCUUGGAGGAAUUCCUGUUGGAACCUCACAUUCUAUUCUUCCUACAGUGAGUUCCAUGGCAAGGGCCAUAGAUCCAAGGAACAUUUCAAAGCCCUCAGGAGCACCUGCUCAACUGACCAUCUUUUAUGGGGGAGCUGUCAGUGUCUAUGAUGAUAUCACUCCUGAAAAGGCUCAGGCUAUUAUGUUCUUUGCUGCAAGUGGGUCUUCCGUGACAAACCCAAGAGCUCAAGUGCAGGCACCGACCCCAAAACCUGCAGCAAGUGAAGGUCUGCAUGGGAACCAGUCCUAUGCUGCAUCGCCAUGCUCAGGUCUCUCAAGCCCCAUUUCUGUUAGUUCACAUGCCACUGCUCAGUCAGGUAGUGGAUCUAGCAGCCCCGAUGAGCUAAUUGCUUCAAAGCCGAAAGGUAAUUUGAGUGCUCCCAGCUGCCAACAGGAGCCCCAAAACAUGGUUUCUUCUAUAAGCUCUGCUACUCCCACUCUGAUGCCUGCAGCUGUGCCUCAAGCCCGUAAAGCAUCCUUGGCUCGGUUUCUGGAGAAGCGCAAGGAGAGGAUGAUGAGCAUGACCCCUUACAACAUCAACAACAAGUCAUUAGAUGAAUCCACCAACCCUGAAUCCAACAGUCUCAGUUUUUCUGCAAAAUCUGGUCCAGUUUCCACUAAUCCUCUCAGCCAGCAAGGAGCAGGCAUGGUGCUUGGGGUCCAACAAGAAUGAGGGUGGCAACAAUACCUUGCAGCAUGGUACCACGGAGAUUUGACCUGAAGAAUUAUUAUGCAUUAGCUAUUUUUGCCACUUUUGUUUUUCCUUUUUUUAUCUUUUAAUGAUUUUUAAUCCCGAUUCUUUCGGCCUUAAAUCUUAAUUAAGUCUCUUAAGUAUAUGUUUUUAGAUGGUUCUCUUUCCUGUAGAUGUGAUCGGAGCCUUUUCAUCCGAGAACGCUUGGGGAAACUUUGUAACAAUUUUAACUUCUACGAGAUAUUG